UCUCCUCAGUCCUGCAAUUGUUACUCAACUAAAUGGCCCGACAGAUCCUGUGACCGCUCUAAUCCAGAGCAGGAUGUGCAGCAGAGUUCCAACAAACUCCACUUCACAUCGGGUUGGCGAGCAGAGCCGGGACUCUGAACUUGCCGGGUUUUACGUGGAUAAAUGCCACGUAGACCCGGCGAAGUCCAAGCUUUUGUUUGAUCAAGGUUUUACGAAGCGCCCAGGAGAUGUGUUCCAUUCAGCUGAGAUCCCAGGCGCUGGGAUUCCACUGUUGGUUCUGCGCUCCAUCGGGUGUUGCGGUUCUCCUUUUGCGUCCCGGUGACUGCAGUUGGUUACAGUCAGAAGUAGUGAAGAGCACUUCCCGAUGGGAGCUUGAGAAAUAAACGGGCGAGUGGACUCGGGUAAAGGCAGAGAUCGGCUGCAGAGAGGAGAGGAGAGGAGAGGAGAGGAGAGGCAGGCUCCUGGCAAACGGUGGGAACAUUUGGAAAAGCAACAUCACACUCAGCACUGUAGGUGGAGCAGUGCGUAAAAGCACAGAAGUGGAAAACAGUCAUGGCAACAGCUCAAAAUACCAAUGGUGAACAAGUUGUACCAGGAGAUGGCGAUCAAGAUGAUGUCCUUUCUGUGCAGGCCCAAUAUCUACGCAGCCCAUCGCCUAGCAGAUUUUCGAUUAUAUCAGACACAGACACAGAGAGCAUCUUCAUGGAGCCCAUACAUCUCUCAUCUGCAGUUGCUGCGACUAAGAUUAUUAAUGAAGAAUUGAAACCCAAAGAAAUUAAAGUUGAGCCAAUGUCACCAAAACUGAUGGAAUCAGCUGAACAGCUGCUAGUGGAAGACCUUUAUAAUCGGGUGAAAUUGAAGAUUGAUGACAGCAGCAAAUUCAACACACCCUGUAUCAUGGACAUCCAGCAUGCUCUCAUGCACAAAAUGGAGGCACCCAUGGAUCUAAUAAAUGAGGUGUGGCCUAGUGUCUUCAUUGCUGAAAAGAGCGCAGCUGUGAAUAAGGGUCGUUUGAAGCGACUGGGGAUCACACACAUCCUCAAUGCUGCCCAUGGUACAGGUGUCUACACCUCAAAAGCUUUUUACACGGGAAUGGAAAUUGAGUACCUCGGAAUCGAAGCUGAUGACUUCCCUGACUUUGACCUGUCCAAGUAUUUCCGUAAAGCUGCAGAGUUUAUGGAUGAAGCUCUUUUGACGUGCAGAGGUAAAGUUCUGGUUUGCAGCGUAAUGGGAACCAGUCGACCAGCAGCACUUGUGGCAGCCUACCUUAUGACCUUUCACCAUAUGACAGUCAUGGAGGCAUUAAUGACUCUGCGGAAAAAACGUCCAAUCUACCCAAAUGAGGGGUUCAUAAAGCAACUUAGGGAACUAAAUGAGAAUCUUUUGGAUGAGCGUAGUCAAUGUGAUCUUGAAGAUGAUGAUGAGACUCUCAGCCAAUGUUCGGUGAUUGAAGCAAAAGCCCAUUCUAUAUCUGUGGCUGAAGAGGAGACACAGAGCGUCAUGGGGGCUCAAGCACAUUCUAUCAUGGUGGAAGAGGAAGAAGAUGCAUCAAGCUUAAUUGCUGGCAGCUUAAUGAGUUCUGUUGCAAAGACUGAUGUUGCUUCCAAAAAUACAUUAAUUGAUGAAGAGGAAGAGGAAAGAAUCUAUAAAGAAUGGAGAGCAAAACAAGGUUUGUCACCAAUAGAUCCUACUCACAAACCAAGAGAGGAGAGUCCUGAACUCCCCAAAGAUCCUGAGAAGGAGGACAAUGCUGAUUGGCUAAUUAGAGAAUGGCAAAGUAAAAAUGAAAAGUUUGAAAUGGAUUCAAGUUGGCAAUGCCUGAGUAACAAUGAAGAAGAUGCAGAGUCCCUUACUGCAAGAAGCAGACAGCUUGUUGCCAGUGACCAAGAUGGCACCGAGAGUGUUAGCAGUAUUGACAGUGAACUUCUUCAACAAUGUUUGGAAGAAUGUUUAAAGAAGCCACACAGAGCUCGGCAUGACUCCUUAUCCACUGAGGCCAGCACCUGGGACAUGUGGGAUGAGCGAUUGCUUGAGAUUAGUAAGAGAGCUGCGAGAGGUGAUGACAGUAGCAGCAUAGCUUCUUUUAGGUUUGGUGAAAAGGGGAGAGACCCAGAUGAAGAAAGUUCCAUUUGCUCAGAAACUAGCUCUAUGUAUAACUUCUGCAAGAAGAACAAAGACAAGCUGACCCCUCUGGAAAGGUGGCAAAUCAAACGGAUACAAUUUGGAUGGAACAAAAAAGAUUCGAAAGCAGACAUUGAGAAUAAAACCGAAGCAAGUGAGGAGGGGGAGGGAGGGGAGAGAAAAUCUUUUGCGGAUGUCAACCUGACAGCCUAUCAGAGCUGGAAGUUGAAACAUCAGAAAAAGCUGGGCAAUGAAAACAGAAAUGAGGUGAUCAAUUUGGCAAAAGAUGAAGAUAUUGCAUCUAAGAGAACUCAACAAAGACGUGCUGAGCUCUUGGAACGCUCCAAACGUACACUGGAAGAGAGCAGGUCCUUAUCUGAGUGUGAGACAGGGAGUUCCAUGAGUGGAAGUGUCCCACUCUCUCUCUUCUGGUCCAAAAUGCCCGACAGAAGUGCAACCGAUGAAACUGCCUCAAUGUUGAGCAUGCAGAGUGGUGCAUCUUCAAUGUCCAGAGCCAGAACUGCCUCAACUACAACAGUUCCUAUGCCACCUUUGCAAGUAAAUCCUGAUGCUAGUGUAUCACUCUCAAGCAUUCAGGAUUGGAUUGCUUCUGUGGUGAGUGAACAGAUUGCAAUAAAGCAAAGUGAGAUCAUGAAUGCUGCAGCACCACUGGACAAAAACAGUCAGCUCCGAGCCACUGGAAGAUACAACGAAGAUGACAAAAUGUCACACCUCAGCAUGCAAAGUAGUGGUUCCCUACAGGGGUCUAGAGCAGCUCAGAGCGCAGAAACACAGUCUGUCCUGUCAUGCAGCAGUCUAUCCAGCUUGAAGUCUGAAAGCUUGCGUUCAAAAGAGAUUACCAAAACAAGCAAGCCACUGUACAGCUUGUUUGCAGAUGAAAUUAAUCUUCAAAAAUUAGAUUGCAAGAACAAAGAGAUUAAGAGUGAGAUGAAAGAUAAGAUGGAUGCAUACAAAAAAGAAAAGGUCACUGUUGACAAUAAGCGCAGCACAUUGUUUAAAAAGAAAAAGAAGGAUGAAAGUGAAGAUGAGGAUUUGGUUGAGACAAAUUCAAGAUUUUCACCCUACUUCGGGACAGAUAAGUUUGAAGUACAGUCUAAUAUCUCAGGGAAUCUCUCAUGUGCAGGAUCAAGUAUUCCAGAUCCAACUCGCAGUAUCAAUAAAUGGCUUAGUGAUGUCAAGGAUGUAUCUGUUAGCAAUACAAAAUAUGACUCGAUUACAAAAAGUGAAACAAAGCCCAUUCGGGCUUCCUACCUCCAUGAUCUUGGUAAUGCGUCGAUGUCAAAACUCCUGUUGAAUGCAGCGGAAGGAUCAGAUAUGUAUGUUACAAGAGAUGAUUUAAAGUCACAAUUGAGAGACUUGGGAGAGUAUCCAUCCAGGAAAUCUAUUUCUUCCUAUAAAUCAAGGGAAGUUGAUAACAAAAUGAAGCUGAAAUAUUCUGUCCCUCCAUCUGAUUUGGAAUACUCUACUUUUGGCAGACCAUUGGCUGAUGAGGCAGGUAGUUCCAGAGAAUCCUAUUCUGGAAGGUCAUUCAUGGAAAUGCAGCCUCCAUGCCCAAGCAACAAUUGGCAGCUGUCUGAACAACCAGCAACUCACCCUAUCCCCAGGAGAUCUCGGUUGCACAGCCCGGAGACUGAACAGAAUGAUGAUAUGGUGGAGAUGCAUGCAAAGAGAAAAUUUAAGCAGAGUUUUGCAUCUGUAGAACAACAAGGCAGUGGAAAAGUUAAUGACAGUGACCUUGAGAAUCCGACAGCAAAGAAAGGUUUGAAGACUGCAUCAAAGAACAGCAGUGAUGAAGAAGAUGACAAGAUUAUAGCUGCUUGGAGGAGUCAUCAGCAAAUUAGAAUCAAGGAUAAAAAAAAGUAUCAGAAUGAAUAA